GACACCUUAAAUCGCAAAUCUAUUUAAUAAUCAUUGUUUUUUCCCCCAGAAGGUUUAUAUUCUUUAGUUGUCUUUAUUUCCUGUCAAAUACGUUUGAAAAGUAGGUAAGGACUAAAUUAACCAACUCUGAUAUUGUAACCAGCUUGGUAUCGUUAGCUACUUACCGUUAGCUUUCAGUAGAGGUAAACUCAAAUAUUUAAAAAGAAAACUAAUUUCUAAAAUAUCCAGGCGUUUUAUUCAUAGAUCCACAUUUCGUGUUUAGUCUGCUGCUUUUUUAUAAAGGUGUAAUUUCAAGAUUGACGGGUUUUCGGCUAAAAUUGGAAUUCUGCGGUGAACAAAAUCGCGAGGCUGUUUUCCCAAGAGCGCGAAACCGUGGACGCUCGUGACUGAAACGCCGUGAAAGGGUGAAUUUUGCUAGCUUCCUGGCUAGGAAAUAAUAUACUAAGUUAAUCAGAUCGAUUACUAAUUUAUCCAAUUUUACAUUUUCAUUUUUUGCGUAACAUAGUUCCGCUUUAUAUAUACGUUAGUUAACUGACUCCAGCGAGUGAAACGUUAGCUGGCUAUCAAAUUAGCUUAUCGUUAAGCGCUUCCGUUUAAUUAUCACAAUUAGCUGUGUCAAUGACCUGUAAUAUUGCGCCUGGGUCGCCCCCAUCAGGGUUGUAUACUGCAGUACCGGUCGAUGUAACCGUAAGCCACGAGUGCACCGUGUCAAGUGCCCCGUGCACAGAUCAGGGGAUGGUUCUCAGUUCUGUUUCGGAACUCAAUUUGGUGGAGAUGACAGAUGUGGAGUACACACAUCUCCAGCAUAUCAUCUAUUCGCAAAUGGAGGCACAGUCAGUGGAGCAGGAAGGGUCGGGAGACGCCAAAUUAAACUCUGGUUACCCAGUAAGCAGUCCGGCGGCCAUCCAAACAGUGUAUCUAAGUUCUGAUCCUCACAGUGAAGUCGAGUACGCAGCCAAAACUCCAAGUCCCGCCGUGGGUCAUUCCAAUACCCCGUCUUCGGAAUCGCAGUACCUAUUGCAUUCAGAUCAGCAAAGUGAUUUCCAGGAGAUUAAAAUGAUUGUGAUGGGCGAUCCCGUCCAUUUGCCGGAACGGACACCGACUAUGUGUGGAGAAGUCCCAGGACCUGUAUUGGCAAAAGUCAGAAGCGCAAUGGAGACCAGCGAGCACGGAGUGGCUUCGGAGACGAGACUUAAUCCUGCCGCCCGAGUGCGUUUGGAGAAGCGGUUUAACUGCAGCCCAUGCGAAGUCUCCAGACAACAGGAGUAUCUUCAUGACCAACCUACAUUGAACAGGUUUGUUUUCUUCAGCGCCUUCUCAAAACUCCAUCAUCAAACGGAGUUAUUCGGCGUUGCAAUGCAGCCACAGGCAAGCAAAUGUCUGAAGCUUGGCCGGUCUAAACCUGCAGUGCUCCGGCAGGUGGACUUUCCUUACCCGGUUUACGGAAGGAACAUGUGCAACUCAAUCGUCGGAGUACCACAAGCCCAGGGUAUUGGAUCAAUUUCCCAUAUUCUGGAAUCUGCAAAGCAUCAGGAUCUGAUAAUCCCCCGGAACUUCAGCUUCAGUUACCAGCAGGAUGCAGAGUCGGAAAAGACAGCCCUACGCGAUGAGAACACGCAAGCUAUUGAAUCCGAAGUUUGGAUAAAGAUGACAGAAGGUAGAGAGGAGCUGAGGAAAGUGAUGCCUCCUGCCAGACGUGGGCGUGGCAGGCGUAGGCAGACAGGCCCCCCGCGCCAGGCCCUCAAUGACAUCCAGAACACAGCAGCAGGCAGCGGCCGCAAGGCCAACCUGAAGUCAGAGGAGGCGGGCGAGAAUUCACAGAGGAGGGAGAGACACAACAUCAUGGAGCGAGAUCGCAGGCGGAGGAUCCGUAUCUGCUGUGAUGAGCUGAACAUGCUGGUGCCGUUCUGCAACCGAGACACGGACAAGGCCACCACCCUGCAAUGGACCACCGCCUUUCUCAAAUACAUCAAAGAGAUCCAUGGGGACAGUCUCAAAAUGGAGUUUCAGAAUACUUUCUGUGGGAAGACAGGGAAGCGCAUCAAGCUCGCCGCAGCGGGUGACCAGUUCUCUGGGCAGAGAGAGACUGUGAACCCAUCAUGCAUUGCACUUGCUGACUAUAAAUAAAUCACCCAGAACAAAUAUCACAUGGCAUUAUCAUUUCUCAUGUCACUUAAUUUAUCUGGAGGAAACACUAAAAUGUCUGAGGGGCCGAUAAAACUGAUUCAAACCACAGAAUUCACUACUACUCGUAUUUGUCAAGUCUUUUUCCAGAGCACUUAAGCAUGUUGUUGUGAUCAUAUCUUUUAUAUUAAUGACCUUAAAAUGAUUCUUUGCAAAUGCAUCGGAGCUUUUAAGUUCAGAUUGGUAACUACUGUUUUUUAGCCUCAUAAUACGGUAAGCCAGAAUUUAAUAUGGUCAUGGCUUGAAUAUUCCGCCUAAGCUGUCGUAAGUUCUCUCUGCAUGUUUGAGAUGUUUAAUUGAACAGCAACCAUGCAGUCAACCUCAGGAUACUAUUUAUUUUUAAUUUAUUAAUUAAAAAAAAAGUAAGAAUAUUUAUUUUUUUGUCUGCUAAUUUUGGUGGGACACUGUUAUUGGUCUCAAGGUUCACUCAAUCAAAACUGAAACCAGUCUUAAAAACAUGUGUUCUAAUGUACUUUUUGAAGUAUGUUCAGAAAAGGAUUUAUAUUGCAGCUUCUGUGUUACUGGAAGUAGAUCUUUUCUUAUUACAAUACACCAAUAGUAUACAGGCAAACCCUGUGAGUGUACCCAUUGUUGCAUAGACACAGGUGACUGUAUCAAGCAAAAGCUGUCAAAGUCGGUGGAAUUCCUUAAUGAUAUAUAUAGUCACAUGCAUCUUAUUCUUUGUUACAUGUUAUGUGCAUUUCAAAUAAUGCAGACCAGAUUCAUUAGAUAUUUGCCAUAUAUGGAAGUAUAUGUUUCACUAUUGCAAUUUCUGUUAUAUUUGUUCUAUUUGACAUGGUUUACAGUUGUAAAUAUUGUGCUUUUAAUUUAUUACUUGAUUGCUGUUUUUUAUGAACAACAUUAGAGGAAGAAUUGUCAACUGACAUGGGUUCUUAAUAUAUUUGUGAAGUUUGUAUUUUCUAAUUUUCAAUAAAAUGUCACAGGUU